AUGUUUCGUUCGAGAACUAUUAUUUGUUCCUCACCUUUUCCUUCUACAAAAUUAUCUUUAAGAAAGCAACCAUUUACAAUUUCAAAUAGAAAACAUUCACACAAUCAUCCUUCUGAAAUAGCAAAAUUAUCGCUCACACGAUAUGAUCCACCAACAAUCCAUGAAAAAUCACACGAAAGUCCAUCUUUAAUAAUUCUCCAUGGUCUAUUCGGAUCAAAGCAAAAUUGGAAAUCGUUGGCUAAAAUUUUCGCUCAACGGUUAAAUACGCAUGUUUUCACUUUGGAUUUAAGAAACCAUGGAGAUAGUCCACAUUUAUCUGUUCAUAAUUAUGAAGUGAUGGCAGACGAUGUUGCAGCAUUUAUCAAAGAACACAAACUUUAUAAGACCGUUGUAAUGGGACAUUCUAUGGGAGGAAGAGUGGCCAUGGCUAUGGCGCUUAGACAGGUUCCACAUAUCGAAAAACUCGUAGUUGUUGAUAGUUCGCCUAUCAAUACUAGGAUGCCUUCAAUCUUUUCCACUUACGUUGAUGUAAUGAAAAAAGUUGAACAAGCCGGGGUCGUAAAAUUAGAAAAGGCUGAUAAAAUAAUGGAAGAUUACAUUGACGACGUUACCAUCAGACAAUUCUUACUAACAAAUCUUAAAAAAGAUCCCGAUACGGGAUUAUUUAAGUUUCGGAUUCCUUUAAAUAUCUUAGGCGAUUCAUUAGAAAAAUUGGGUGGAUUUCCAUUCGAUUCGGCUCAUCACACAUUUCACAAAAAAACUUUAUUUGUAGCGGGAACAAAAUCAAAUUAUUUACUCUCAAAGGAUUAUCCAACAAUACGAACAUUUUUUCCCAAUGCAGUUAUUGCAGAAUUAGAUGCUGGGCAUUGGGGAGGAAUAUUAUUCAUAUGUAAUUUCUAUGUCUUACCCGUGAUAUCUCGAAUUGCUACGUUUGGUAAUAAACAAGUAGUCUUUACGGGUCCUUUAUUACCACCGCAGAGUCAAGAUUCUUUUAUUACAGAUAAAAAAAGUUUACAAGACCUGGAUAAUGAAGUUUUUAAUGAAAUUUUACCAUCAGUUUCUCUUUAUACAAAUCGUGGGGAUGUUUUACGGACGGAAGGUAUAAAAUGUAAUAUAUGCCAAUCAAUAGCCUCGAAGAUUGAACAAUUUAUGUUGCUAAAUAAAACUCAAGAUAUAACAGUCAAAGAAGGAAUUCUUAUUUGUAAAUUGUUCAAUCUUCAACCUCAUCGUGUGUGUGAAGAAUUAUUACCAAAAUUUGGGCCAUGGGCCAUGAUAGUUUUGGCAAAAUCUGUAUUUUCAGCAGAAAAUCUAUGUAGUAAAGCUCGUUUAUGUCCUAAACCGGAUUUUGACAAACCCGAAGUCAUCGAUCUUCCACCUCCAAGGCAACCUGUCGAUUCCAGUACCACAACCACCACAAAUGAAUCAUCCGCUGAUGAUGAAAAAAUGUGGGUCGUUCAUUUGAGUGAUUGGCAUUUUGAUCCAGAGUAUUCCGAAGGUUAUGAAGCUCAAUGUGGUGAACCGGUUUGUUGUCGACCACCUAAUGCUUUUGGUGAUCAGGCAACGACUCCAGCUGGAAAAUGGGGAAAUUAUAAUUGUGAUAUCCCCAAGAGAUUAAUCGAAAGUAUGUUGGAGUUUAUGCCAACUGUUGUACCGAAAAUUGAUUAUAUAUUAUCUACUGGUGACUUGCCUCCACACGAUGUUUGGGCGGAGACACCUUCAACGAUCGAGAAAACAACAAGUGAAACAUCAGAUAUUUGGCGUAAAUUCUUUACAUCAGCCCCAUUCUUUCCAAUUAUUGGAAAUCAUGAAUCGGCACCUGUGAAUUCAUUCCCAACAUCAUCAAUCAGUAAUAUUUCCUCAGUUUCAUGGUUAUAUAAUUCAUUAUCAAAACAAUGGAAUGUUUGGUUGUCCGAGGAUGCACUUGAAUCUAUUGAGAAAAGAGGAUUUUAUUCAGCUAGAUUACCCAAAGAUAAUUUGCGUAUUAUAGGAUUGAACACCAAUUUCUGGUAUAAAUUUAAUUGGUGGAUGCUUAUUAGACCACAUGAAGAAUGGGAUCCCGAGCACAUGUUGAAAUGGGUUAUUGACGAAUUGGACAAAGCUGAAGAACUUGGAGAGAAAGUUUGGAUUCUUGGGCAUAUGGCAGCUGUUAGUGAAGAUUCAUUCCCAUCAUUUAAUGAAUAUUUCUCUCAAAUCAUUGCGAGAUAUAAGGACACUAUUGUUGGACAAUUUUAUGGUCACACUCAUUGGGAUGAAUUUCAAGUUAUUUAUGAUUAUCCUAAUGCCGAGAAUCAUGAACCACGACCAAUUGGAGUUGGUUAUAUGGGACCUAGCCUGACAACGUUUAGAAAUAAAACCAAGCAAAUUAUAAAUCAUUACACAUAUUAUGUCGAUAUCGAAGAAGCAAAUCGUAAUAAUCAACCCGAAUGGAAAUUACUAUAUGAUGCCAAAUCAUUAUAUAAUUUACAAGAUUUGGAACCGCAAAGUUGGCACGAUUUAUCCGAAAGAUUCUUGAAUGAUGAGGACGAAUAUCAAACAUUUCAAAGGAUCGCUUCACGCAAUCAAGCUUUGAAUAAAUAUGGAUCAUGUCGAGCGUUGGAAUCUCGGAAACAAUGUAAAAAACGAAUUAUAUGUAAACUUAGAAGUACAUUUUCAAAACAUGGACCAUAUUCAUCAAAUGAAUUUUGUGAAGGACAAAUGUGGGUACCACAUUUGCCCGAAGAUUGGUUUUUAACGGCCACACUUGGUAAAAAGCUUAAUGUAUUAGUUGAUAUGGAUAAAUUUGAAGAAGAGGGUUAUAACAAAUCUGGUCAUGAUGAUGAUGGUGAAUCUGAUGGAUUCACUUUGGAAGGAUUGCCCAGAGCUAUUGUUAGGCUAAUUUUGGGAUUGGUUUUAGGUGGUGAUGAUGCUAUAUGUAGAUAA